UUUAUCCUUGUUGCGAUUUUCUGAUUGGCUAACGCAGGAAACUCAUUUCGGAUAAACUCUUUUCCAAAAACAUUCUUCAAAAAAAGUAUUUUGAGAUAAUAUUAGACAAAAGAAGCAAGGAAUUUCUUUAUCCUUAAACAAUUCGAUGCUAUUCUAUCCUACGAGAGCGUUGAUGCUUUUCUGCAUAACAAGAAGUAUUUGUGCCCAAGUUUACCGGAACAUGUCGAGUCUCGCCGGGGUACAUUCUGUGGCAUAUGUCACGGUACCGAAUCAUACAGUUGCGAAGAAAAUAGCACGUGGCCUGGUCGAAAAUAAACUCGCUGCCUGUGUCAACAUCAUUCCGCAACUUACUUCCAUAUAUGAAUGGGAGGGAAAAAUACAAGAGGACCCUGAACUUUUAUUAAUGAUAAAAACUAGAACAGAGAAAAUAGAUGCUCUAACAAAAUAUGUAAAAGAUAAUCAUCCAUAUACAGUUUGCGAAGUAAUUUCUUUGCCUAUACAAAAUGGAAAUGAUGAUUAUUUGAAAUGGAUCAGUGAAGUAGUACCAUCGCUUGAUAAAAAUAUCCAGGAAAAAGAAGAUACAUAAAUUUGACACAGAAAAUUUCACUACUGUGUCUAUCUUUUCUCCUCUAAGAUUAUUCUAUUAAUAAAUAAAUAACAAUCCACAUUUUGAUUUAAAUGUAAUAAUCUAGACAAUACAUAGAAUGUAUAUGAAAA